UUUAAUUUAAAAAACCCGGAAAGCUUUUGACCAGAGUUGUCAACAAGUCAACAGAGUUGUUGAAACACCUGCAUAUAUAUUUGACACCGAAAACUAUGCUAUAAUAUUGAAGUUGAAUUCCAGAAAAUUAAAUAUUGUACUGCUUAAUAAUUAUUCAGUUUCUGGUCCGGUUUGCUUUGCAUUUCGUUAAGGCUAAGGCGAAUAUUUCGGUUGAAUAAAUACCCAAGAAUGCUCAUCUCCUAAUGAAAGUGGUUAAGCCAUCUCAAGUCGACUAAUUUGCAUCCCAGACGGUUUUUAUUAUAUGCAUCGCAUUGACUUAAUUAUAAUACGCACAUUGCAUCAACUUUUGAUGAUAUAUAAGCACCGAUCUGAGCAUAGAUUGUCAUCAGUCUUAGAAGAUUUCUAGUCCGACAAUCCACCCAAAUCAAAAUGUUCAAGAUCCUGCUUGUCUGCGCCCUCGCCGCCCUGGUGGCCGCCAACGCCAAUGUGGAGGUCAAGGAGCUGGUCAACGAUGUGCAGGCCGAUGGCUUCGUCAGCAAGUUGGUCCUCGACGACGGAUCUGCCUCCUCCGCCACCGGAGACAUCCACGGCAACAUCGACGGAGUCUUCGAGUGGAUCUCCCCCGAGGGUGUCCAUGUGCGAGUGAGCUACAAGGCCGACGAGAACGGAUACCAGCCCCAGAGUGACCUGCUGCCCACUCCUCCUCCGAUCCCAGCUGCCAUCCUGAAGGCUAUCGCCUACAUCGAGGCUAACCCCAGCAAGAACUAAGUGAACCCGCCGACUAGGAACAUGGAAAAUUGGAGACAGCUAGGUUGAGUUUGGAUACCUCUCACCAGCUGUUUUAAAUUUAAGAAAAUGUUAUCGAAUUCGAAAAUAAA